CCUGAGUUUCAAACACGUUGAAAAGAAGAAGUAGAGAUAUGAAAAAAAAAAAGCUUUCACUUUACCAUAUUAAACUUCAAGAUUGGACACACAUUUUGCCUUCUUUCAUAUAUAUGAAAUAUAUAUAGAUGUGGCGUUGAAUGAAUUUGCCUCGGAGAACGACCAAUGUGGACAUGAUGCGCAAUCAAAAUAAUGUUAGCGAUGUGAACCAUAUCAAUGUUAACAAUCGACAGCGAAACAGCAAGAAUGACUACUUGGCAAUAGAAGAGGUACAAAAUCCUGCAACUUCUCUGGGUUCCGAUUUGUUCAUGUCGCUGGACGAUGAGCAGAUCUUAGAGAUAAUUGAAAAGGAAGAACAGAUACAGCAGCAACCGCAGCAAGUUAAAGAAAUAGAUAAUAUCCACAAUGACGAUGAAUCCAGCUCAAUAGAAACCUACACUGCUAAGAAUCUUCAAGUCUUUGAGUCGGACGACAAUAUGACCGAAAACCCAAAGAGUAAUAGGAAGGAUAGUAUAAACGAUAAUAUAUUAUCAUUCAGCAGCAAUAAUGAACGUAGCAGUGGUACGGGACAACAGAAUAGUCAAACAUUUCAAUCACAAUAUGAAACAGAUGAUGACAUAGACUUACCAAGUGCACCAGAUUUCUCAAUGGAUGACUUGCCAAUUUUUACAAAUCAUCCGAUCCAAAAGAAUGCGAUCAGACAGGAGAAAGUUAAAGCUACUGUAAAGGGUAGUAAAGCUGAUGAGAAUGAAGACAGUGCUCCUUACGCCUUUGUUGUUGAUGAAGUUGAUCUUAAUGAGAUUUUUUCUUUAAGUGAUGAAAACAGCCAAGGAAAAGAACCAACGUAUCAACAGCCUGGUCAUCCAGAUGCUCUCAAUAAGUUGGAACAGGAAAAUUCAUUGAUGGAAAACAAUGCAGAAUUUCCUGAGCAAACAGUUUCAAGAAUGUCACCUUCAUUAAAAAACAACAGCACAAUAACAGCAGAUAAUGUUGACUCUGAUAUGCAUAAUAUUGCUGAUAACGAAAUAAUUGCUGAGGUGGAUCCGAACAAUCGCAAGGGGGAAGAUAGCUUUACGACUGAAUUGAACCUGUUGAGCCUAUCAGAUGAUAAGCCAGGUGAAGUAGCAAGCAACGCAUUGAAUACUGUAGAUAAUAAUGCAUUCUCAACAAUAGCACCGGCGAUGCUGACUCCUUCAACUUCAACUUCAACGACAUCCUCAUCUAGCAGCGGUAAUCUAAAAAGGAUCUCCCUCAGACAGCGAAACGAAAUUCAGUUACGUCCUUAUUCAUAUGAUUAUGCAAAAUACAAAGAAUUGAUCAGCCGGACGCGACUUACUCCAACCAAAAAAAAAGCAAGGCGAAAACAGGACGGUGAACUUGGAAAUGACGAUGAUGUAGCAGAUGGCAGUUUUGGCAGUAUAUCGCAGUUGUCUGUAGGUUUAGAAUCGGAUAACGACGAUGAAUUGUUUGCCUCGCAAUACAUUCCACCGGAAGAUAAUACAAAUACUGCAACCUUUGAAGAAGAAGACAUCAGUGAUGAGCCAGAUACAUUGUCAUUCAGAGAAGAGGAAGAAAGCACUACAAAAUACGGAUUAGAUACCUUAAUCGUACCUAGUGCAUUAUUUAAAAAUCGAAGGAAAGAAAAACAUAAGUCUCAUGAUCGUAAAGGCAAAGGUAAAGAAGCAAUGGCUCAUGAUUUAAGUAACGUCGAACGUGGCAGCAGUAUGCAUCGUCGUCAACAAAUCACUACCGCGGGCUUCAAGCGAUCUGGAUCUUUUGCAGUCAAGAAAAAGAAGAAAAAUAGAAUUACUACGACUUUUACUGAUAAACCUUCAACAAAAAGAUGGAUUGGCACAGCUCCUGAGCAGCCGUUGACAAAAGAUAUUUUUUCUUUUGACUUAUUCAACUCCUCAUCCACACAGUCACCAACCACAGGAGAAGUGAUACCUUCCUCCUCGUUCGUUUCCCGUGGAAGUCAGCAUAAACAAUCAUCUCAUCCAAAUCCAUCCAAUUUAAAUGACUCGACUAGUCUACACACUAUAGAAGAUAGUGAAGAGGAAAAAGAAACUUUUGAUACUCAACUACCAUUACCAACUCCACGAUUUAGGAAGCGGCGGUAUUUGGAGUUAGAGAGCAGUGAUGAAGAAGACGAUGAAACUGAUAAAAAUGACAAUAAUGGCAAUAGCACAAUAUGGGACUAUCCUGCCGCGGGAUUUGGAAGUGAUAAUGAUACCAACACCAUUAACAUUAGUGACGAGGAAGACGAUACUUUCGCUGUAAAUUCUUACCAGUCGCAAUUAAGUAACCCCAGACUUUCCACAUCCGUUGACUAUCACCAUUUUAAAAGAUUGCUUUCUGAUUCGGUCAGUAAGACACCAAAAAUGAAUUUAAAACGAAGGGCAAACGAAGAUGACGAUUUUAUCGAAGACGACGAUUUUUACAAUAAUUCGCGGGAUGGAAGACGAAAACGACCAAAGAAAGUGACAGACAAAGCAUUAAGACAUGUUUUGCCCAAAUCCUUUUAUAGACUUUAUAAAGAUGAUAUUGAACAGGAAUCUAACCAACGAAGACAGAAUAAAAAUGCUCUUAGUGGCAGGAAGCAACAAUUAACUAUAUCAACUACGAAUACAGCAUCUUCGUCAACGACCGACUCUAGUCCCAAAAUGAGAACAGGCACUGCUCCUAAGACUUACCAAUCAGAAAUAAUUGGAAGUCAAGAAAGGAAUAUGGAGAAUUUUGCUGCCUUCCUCGGUUCUCAAAGAGACGACGAAAGCGAAGAAGAUGAGCAAUUGCAGGAUGGGGCGAAUACACGUUUAGAUGAUGUUCCUGAUUCCUAUAUUGAUGAUAAUGACCUUGAUAUGAACUAUUACGGCCAUCCCCAAACAAGCGCCGCUGCUGCUAACAGAAUUGAGAGACGAAGACAAACUGUCCUUCCACCACGAACAAUAACUCUGCGUAUAAAUGAAUACUACCAUCCUGACGGCCAACAGCCUCCUAGGCGGCAGAGAGCGGAACAGCGUAGUACGCUUGAAAAAUAUCUGCAACAAUUUGAGGCAGAACGGCAACAAGCUAUAACAGAAAGUGUAGAGAGAGAUGCGUCCUUUAAUAGAGAUCUUCAAAGACAGGAAACAGCAUCUACAUCAAGGGUAACCGAAAGGAUAGCCUCUACAUCGGAUGAUGGUAGGCUAGGAAUCAGUAGAGGCAUUAAUGGUAAAGACGGUAAUGUCAAUUUACGUGGCUCUAAAAACACGAUUUUACCAGUACGUACUGCUGUUAAUACAAACGUGAGCAGCGGCAUACCUACAAAGAAAACAAUAAGUGCAGGAAACAGUAUUUCUCAAGCAAAUCACCAACAUAAAAAAAGAAAAAAACCGAAAAGGAGAACGCGGGAUGAUAUUUAUAUUCACAAACCGCAAUGUGUUAGAUAUGAUCGAUCCGGUCAAGCACCCGCUGGAGUAGAUUAUUAUAAUAAACGAAACUUACAACAACGCCCUCUUCCAUCAACUAUACCCCCUAUAUAUCCAAAAAAGACAUCAACAGACGAUAUAUACCUCGGUACACUGCAUGAACACCACAACUAUAACUGGAAGCCACUAGAAAUGGAAUACAUUUACCUUUAUUUUCCAGUAUACAACGACAUCAUACACAUCCCACGUCCACCGCUGCGUUUUUUAAAAAGUAUAAAUCUGCAUAUACCGGUACCUUUCAUCUAUUCAACCAGCAGGUGAUGUGGGUCAACAUUAUACCACAAGAACAAAAAUUGAUUGAUGGUCUCUUUUUUCAAGUAUCCAACGGUGUAACUCAGCUAUUUCGAUCGCCAAUUUAUACUGAUCAAAAUGAUAUGGAGAUCGAUGCUGGUACAAUAAUAACAGAGCAAAGUCCACUCAUACGGAUGGAAAAUGAGUACGAUCACUUCUACCGAUUUGUAUCCAUUUGUUUAUCUCUAGUGAUUCCGCAUCAUUCAUCUUUUGACGCUCGUAAAG